AUGGACUCUCCUCCCAGAGACCAGACCAGAUCCAAGUUCUCUCCACCCAAAGACCAGACCAGACCCAGGUCCUCUUCUCCCAGCUGGGACCAGACCAGACCCAGCACAAAGACGCGCUGUGAGAAGAGGAGCGACAAAAGCGCGCAGAGCUCCGCGGGACAUGGCCUCGACACUAACCUUCUGGACUGCAGUGUUGACGGUCUGGUGGCUCUGGCGCUGGGAUCCUCGGUCUACCUUUGGAACUCACACACCCGAGCUUUAGUUGAGCGUCUGUGCUCCAGUCCGCCUCCAGGACAGAGCUCUCACAGCCGCUCGGUCCUCAGUCUGAGCUGGAGCAGCGACGGCAGAACGCUCUGUGUCGGGAACCGCAGCGGAGACGUGGAGCUGUGGGACGUGCAUCGCGCUCUGGUUCUCAAACUGUGGUCCCAUCAGGCCGCGGUCAGAGCUGUGUCCUGGAGGCAGGACGUGGUCAGCAGUGGUUCGGUCCUGGGACUGGUCCAGCACCAGGACCCGCGGGGGGGAGGUCCCGUGGGGUCUGUGUCGGUGCAGGGCGGGGUCUGUGGUCUGCAGUGGUCUGAGGCGGGACAGCUGGCCUGUGGCACGGUCCAGGGCCAGGUCCACAUAUGGGACAAAAACACUUAUUUACAACCACCUGUGAUUACUCUGGACCUGCCCUCAUCUGUCAAGGCGAUGCAGUGGUGUCCAUGGCAGCAGAACACCAUAGCAACCGGUGGAGGAUGGAGAGACGGAGCAGUGAGGAUCUGGGACACAACGUCUGGGACCUGCCUCAGCUCCGCCCAAACCAACUCUCAGAUCUGCAGUCUUCGAUGGACGGGACAGAAGCAGAGGCUGGUUACGGGCCACGGCGUACCCCAACAUCACAUCACAUCCUGGGUCUGGGACCAGCAGGAUCUGACCCUGACUCACCAGAACUUAGUGUUUCUGGACGAUACACCCGUGUUUCUGGACGAUACACCUGUGUUUCUGGACGAUACACCCGUGUUUCUGGACGAUACACCAGUGUUUCUGGACGAUACACCCGUGUUUCUGGACGAUACACCCGUGUUUCUGGACGAUACAUCUGUGUUUCUGGAUGAUACAUCUGUGUUUCUGGACGAUACACCCGUGUUUCUGGAUGAUACAUCUGUGUUUCUGGACGAUACACCUGUGUUUCUGGAUGAUACAUCUGUGUUUCUGGACAAUACACCUGUGUUGCUGGACGAUACACCUGUGUUUCUGGACGAUACACCUGUGUUUCUGGACGAUACACCUGUGUUCUUCCUGCUCUGCUCAAACGAUGCAGCUCAGAUCAUCAAUGGGACCGAAGUCACUCCUCACUCCAUGAAGUUUAUGGCCUUUCUCAAAAACUUUAAGAUCUCCACGGUGACACUGGGAGCUCACAACAUCAGACUGGAGGAGGCCACAGCACAGAUCCGACACGUGAAGCAGAUGAUCCCACAUCCGUGUUACGACAAAGAGGAAAAAGUCCACGACCUGAUGCUGCUCAAGCUGAAGAAGCCGGUGAAGCAGACGGAGUGGGUGGGGGUCCUGAGGGUGGGGCCCCCGGUGCAGGACCCGGCCCCCGGCAGCUCCUGUGUGGUCGCUGGAUGGGGGGCCCUGAAGUACGGGGCCAAGAGAGGCUCUGACGUCCUGAUGGCGGUGAACGUGACGGUGGUGAACAGAGACAAGUGCAACUCUAAAAACUACUACAACCUGCGUCCUGUCAUCACACACGGACACGUCUGUGCAGGCUCCGACGGGACCAGCCAGGCCGACUCCUGCCAGGGAGACUCUGGAGGCCCCCUGCUGUGCAGACAGCAGCUGGUGGGAGUCACCUCGUUCGGGAUCAGCUGUGGAACCAUCGACAAACCUGGAGUCUACACUUUCCUCACCAAGAAACACCUGGAUUGGAUCCGAACAUACGAACACUUAGAAACAGUCAGUAAAACUACCUCCACUUUCCACAACCAUUUUAGCUUUGAUACAACACCUCCCCCUUGGACUGCCACCUCCCCCUGGACUGCCACCUCCCCCUGGACUGCCACCUCCCCCUGGACUGCCACCUCCCCCUGGACUGCCACCUCCCCCUGGACUGCCACCUCCCCCUGUACUGCCACCUCCUCCUGGACUGCCACCUCCCCCCUGGACUGCCACCUCCCCCUGGACUGCCACCUCCUCCUGGACUGCCACCUCCUCCUGGACUGCCACCUCCUCCUGGACUGCCACCUCCUCCUGGACUGCCACCUCCCCCUGGACUGCCACCUCCUCCUGGACUGCCACCUCCUCCUGGACUGCCACCUCCCCCUGGACUGCCACCUCCUCCUGGACUGCCACCUCCUCCUGGACUGCCACCUCCCCCUGGACUGCCACCUCCUCCUGGACUGCCACCUCCUCCUGGACUGCCACCUCCCCCUGGACUGCCACCUCCUCCUGGACUGCCACCUCCUCCUGGACUGCCACCUCCCCCUGGACUGCCACCUCCCCCUGGACUGCCACCUCCCCCUGGACUGCCACCUCCCCCUGGACUGCCACCUCCCCUGGACUGCCACCUCCUCCUGGACUGCCACCUCCUCCCCUGCCACUCCCCUGGACUGCCACCUCCCCCUGGACUGCCACCUCCCCCUGGACUGCCACCUCCCCCUGGACUGCCACCUCCUCCUGGACUGCCACCUCCUCCUGGACUGCCACCUCCCCCUGGACUGCCACCUCCCCCUGGACUGCCACCUCGCCCUGGACUGCCACCUCCCCCUGGACUGCCACCUCCCCCUGGACUGCCACCAUAACGUGGUGGGGGAGUUUGAGCACUCGGACGAUGCAGCUCAGAUCAUCAAUGGGACCGAAGUCACUCCUCACUCCAUGAAGUUUAUGGCUUUUCUCCAAAGUAAACAUUCUUUCUGUGGAGGAACUCUGAUCCAUCCACAGUGGGUCCUGACGGCAGCUCACUGCGGCAACUCCAGUGCAGACUUUAAGAUCUCCACGGUGACACUGGGAGCUCACAACAUCAGACUGGAGGAGGCCACAGCACAGAUCCGACACGUGAAGCAGAUGAUCCCACAUCCGUGUUACAACGAAGACGAAGAAGUCCACGACCUGAUGCUGCUCAAGCUGAAGAAGCCGGUGAAGCAGACGGAGUGGGUGGAGGUCCUGAGGGUGGGGCCCCCGGUGCAGGACCCGGCCCCCGGCUCCUCCUGUGUGGUCGCUGGAUGGGGGGCCCUGAAGUACGGGGCCAAGAGAGGCUCUGACGUCCUGAUGGCGGUGAACGUGACGGUGGUGGACAGAGACAAGUGCAACUCUAAAAACUAUUACAACCUGCGUCCUGUCAUCACACACGGACACGUCUGUGCAGGCUCCGACGGGACCAGCCAGGCCGACUCCUGCCAGGGAGACUCUGGAGGCCCCCUGCUGUGCGGACAGCAGCUGGUGGGAGUCACCUCGUUCGGGAUCGGCUGUGGAACCAUCGACAAACCUAGAGUCUACACUUUCCUCACCAAGAAACACCUGGAUUGGAUCCGAACAUACGUUAAAUAA